AUGUAUAGGAACAAUGUUCCUGGGGCUGUAAGGAGCAACGCUAAUCGAGAGAACGUUUAUUCUGUCCCACAAAGUUGUCCUGUUCUUCAAAAACAACGAACGGUUUUGGGAGUGUUAAAUGAAAAUGAUCAACAGAAACGUUCAUUUUAUCAGGUUCCUCCCAAACCCAAUGGUAAUGUUGCACUGGACACAAAGAAUGAUUUCGCUACUACUAAGAGCAGUACCGUUUUUGGGGCGCGCCCAGUUACUUCUAUACCCAACCCGAAUUUCAGUAUUUACAUAGAGGAUGAAAUGCAAGAUGAGGCUGAGGUAUCAAAACAUAAUCUGACGUCCGAUUUGGAAACCAGAUUGGAGGAAGUUAGUCACAUUUCCAAACCAGUGAGCAACAAUAUAUUGGAUCUUAGUGAAGCUUCGCCAAUGGUAGUAGAUACAUCAGUUCGACAUAUCAAUUGUGAACAUGUAGAUUUUCUUUCUGUGGAAGAAUAUGCGGAAGACAUUUAUCAAUACCUUCGAGAAGCCGAAGUUAGGAGUAGGCCAAAAAUUGAUUACAUGAGGAAGCAACCAGAUAUAACAGCCAGUAUGCGCUGCAUCCUUGUGGAUUGGCUGGUGGAAGUCAGCGAGGAGUACAAUUUGCAAACGGAAACUUUGUACUUGGCAAUAAACUACUUGGACAGAUUCCUGUCAUGUAUGUCGGUACUACGAGGAAAAUUGCAACUUGUAGGGACAGCAGCCAUGCUGGUGGCAUCUAAAUAUGAAGAAAUAUAUCCCCCAGAAGUUGAUGAAUUUGUCUACAUAACGGACGACACAUACACAAGGAAGCAACUCUUACGCAUGGAGCAUCUCAUCCUCAAGGUUUUGAGCUUUGGCGUGGCAGUACCGACAGUCAACCAAUUCCUAACACAAUUUUUAAAGGAAAAGGGAAUUGGAGGACAAAUGGGAACCCUGGCUAUGUAUAUAGCUGAACUAAGUUUACUGGAAACUGAUGUAUGUCUCAAGUACAUUCCUUCCCUGACAGCAGCAGCUGCAUAUAGCUUGGCAAACUACACAAUUAAUAAAGCUUUUUGGCCAGAAUCUCUUGCUGCAUUCACUGGUUACACGCUGUCUGAUAUUGUACCUUGUCUGAAUGACUUGCAUAAGAUGUUUCUUCAAGCAAAAUUCCAGCCACAACAAGCAAUUAAAGAAAAGUACAAAAGCUCAAAGUAUCUGGGAAUUUCUCUCAUUGAACCCCCAGCAACUUUACCUCUGGAACUGAAGUGCAAUUGAAGGAUGAAAAUUGAAUGUUGAUACCAAAGUAGGCUGAACUGGGCAUGGCAACAUUAUCAUUUGUGGAAUGCUGCUGGUCAUCUCCAUGUGGCUGUAGGCCAUGACUGGAAUGACACUUAGAAUAUUAGUGCAAUUUUGUCUACAGCAGGGGUUCCCAAUCUUUUAAUGUCAUGGACCCCCUACCAUAAAGAGGUUGGAGGACACAGGUUGGGAGCCCCUAGUCUACAGUAUUUUACUUUUUAAAAAAAUUAGUUUAGUUUUAUAAAUUGAGUAACAUGUAUUUUUAAUAAAUCUAAAUGCAAAUCAUCUCUCAUUUUUAACUAAGUUUCUUGGAUGAGAAAUGAAUAUUGUACUCUGCAUUGGGGCAGUAAAUAAAGCACUUUAAAAAAAAAACAACAACAUGCAGUUAGUGAUCUUAGUCAUUUUGGUGAAGAAGUUGCAAAACAAUGUAAAUGAUUUGUAAGUAACUAAGAGCAGCAAACAUUGCAAUGAUAUUCCAAAUAUGGAAUUCUUACCCCAUCACUUAUUUUUUUCUCUCCCUCUCAAUAACUAGCCUGUUCUCCAUCUUCCUCUGGUGCUCCCCUCCCUGUUUCCUUCUUCCAAGGCUUCCAUUCUAUGAUACUCCCCUUCUCUAGCCUUGUAUCCCCUUUACCAGUCAACCUCCCAGCUCUUAACUUCAUCCCUCCCCUCCCGUCUUUUCCUAUCAUUUUGGAUCUCCCCUCCCCCUUUCAAAUCUCUCAUCUCUUCAGUUAGUCCUGACGAAGGGUCUCGACCCAAAACGUUGACUGUACUUCCUAUAGAUGCUGCCUGGCCUGCUGCAUUCCACCAGCAUUUUGUGUGUGUUGCUUGAAUUUCCAGCAGCUGCAAAUUUCCUUGUUUGCAUUCCAAAUAUGGAGAUUCAGCAGCACCAGGUUCCGGUCAAAUCUGUACAUUUACACUUUUGCUUUUAUUGAAAUUGUAGUAAUAAGAAACUUGCUCAAUUGACCUGUAUUUGAAGAAAAUAACUGUUUCAGCUGUAUAGGCCUGGGAUGGGGGUGUGUGUAAAUGAGGAUGGAUAUUAUGAACUGCCAUUUUUGCAUCUGUCCUCCAAGAAAUGAUUUCUGUUGAAUCAGCAUACUGAAACAAUUGACUUCAUGUAACCCUGAACAGUUUUUCAGGUAGGCCAGGCAGCAUCUGUGGGAAAAGAGCAAGCAGUUGAUAUUUCAGGCAGACUCUUCAUCAGGACUGGACUUUGAGUAUGUUACUUGAUUUCUAGCAUCUACAGACAUUCUCCUGUUUGAAUUUCACAAGGCAAGUUUAUUUCCAUGCUAUCAAGUUUGAGAUUGCAUGCAACACCCAACAAAUCAAAAGUGCCAGUCUCAUGGCAACACAAGGGCUUGAGCAACAGUUCAGAAAUAAAUAUGAAGCCUAACUCCAUGAUAGGAUAUCUAAAUUCAAUUACAUAAUCUGAACUUGGUUUCUAAAAUGAAAAGCCCAUUGUAAUGAGACAAUGUGGCCUAUGUUAUGGUGCUGAGAUCACAUUGAAUUUAUAAUUAAGACCUCUAAUGGCCAAACAAAGGAUUUUAUCCUUGUUUCAUUGUAGCCUUUGUAAUUUAACUAUAGAUGAAUACUCAGUCUUCACCAAUAGCAGAUUGUUUCUUCAAAUUAGCACCACUUGUUAGAUUCAUUAUCCUAUCAGACAUCCCACUACUUUUGGGUGCAAGGAUCCAGAAGUAAAAUGUCUUCAAGACUGAUUUCAACAUGCCCAUAUGGAUACAGUGGGCUGAAGGGACAGUUUCUGUGCUGAUUUAGGUAAUACUGAUGUCAAUUAAAUUGUGCUAACAUAUAUUUGGAUUCUGCCUUUGCUUAGUGUACCUUUUGUAGUGUUGAAUGUGGAGAUUCAUCUCUACACAGAUAAGCCAUUCUGGAACCUGUUGACUAGCCACUCACUGGAGCUUGGAAAAAUGGGUGGACUUGUGACUCCUGACUCCUUAGUGGUGUUCAGUGUGGAUACUUGGAGAAUGUCUCUCCAAGUAAAUUUAUCUAGCUCCAAGGGGCACAGUUUCAGAAGGGGUUGCUAAUUUAAGACUGAUGAGAGGGAAUGUAUUUUCUGUGAGGUCUGACUCUCCUACUCAAGCAGUGAUGUGAUAUGAAAUCUUUUGGCAGCAGAGUGCAGACAAAUCUAGUUAAAAUAUGCUGCAAAACAAAAGGAUGGGUGGUGUUCAUUGCUUCAGGGUAUGAUUUGAAGAUGGAGCCAAAGUGUAUAUGAAGAGAGCAGAUAAUUGGUAUUGAAGCUAAAAUAGGACUGUCUGUGAUCUUAUUGAAUUGCACAGCAAGGUUGAGGGGCCAAUUGUUUUAAUCCUGCUUGUUUCUCAUUAUGGGUGUUGUAAUUGAUCUUAAAUAUUAUGCAUGCAUUGAAAGGGAGAUUAAAACUAGACAUGUGAAUCCCUACAGCAUCUGUUGACCCUGUAAUCUGUCAGAACAUCUUUAAUGAGGUUAAGCCUGAUGGUGUAUAUAGUAGGUCACUGGAAACCUAUGCCAACCAACAGGUGAGUGUUCAAGGACAUCUUCAACCUCUGCUGUAGUCAGAGGUUCCCACCAGCUUCAAAAGGGAGACAAUCAUACCCAAGAGCUGGCUGAGUUGCCUUAAUGACAAUUACCUAGUUACAUUCACAUCUACUGAAAAGAGCUGGUUAGUCAGUCACCUCCUGUCCAAGCAAGGACCUAGACCUCCUGCAUUUGCCUACUGCCACAAUAGGUCUACAGUAGAUGCAAUCUCACUGGCUUUCCACUUGGUCUUGCAACACCUGGACCAUAGCAGUACCUACAUCUGAGCAUCCAUAUAUAACCAUAUAACUACAGCAUAGAAACAGGCCACCUCGGCCCUUCUAGUCCACACCAAACACUUACUCUCACCUAAUAGGUGAGAGUCCCAUUGGCCCGCACUCAGCCCAUAACCCUCCAUUCCUUUCUGUCCAUAUACCUAUCCAAUUUUACUUUAAAUGACAAUACCGAACCUGCCUCGACCACUUCUACUGGAAGCUCAUUCCACACAGCUGCCACUCUGAGUAAAGAAAUUCCCCCUCAUGUUACCCCUAAACUUUUGCCCCCUAACUCUCAACUCGUGUCCUCAUGUUUGAAUCUCCCCUACUCUCAAUGGAAAAAGCCUAUCCAUGUCAACUCUAUCUAUCCCCCUCAUAAUUUUAAAUACCUCUAUCAAGUUCCCCCCCCCCCCCCCAACCUACGCUCCAAAGAACAAGGACCUAACUUGUUCAACCUUUAACUUAGGUGCUGAAACCCAGGUAACAUUCUAGUAAAUCUCCUCUUAACUCCUAUUUUGUUGACAUCUUUCCUAUCACUCGGUGACCAGAACUGUACAUAAUAUUUCAAAUUUGGCCUUACCAAUGCCUUGUACAAUUUUAACAUUACCUCCCAACUCCUAAACUCAGUGCUUUAAUUUAUAAAGGCCAGCAUACCAAAAGCUUUCUUCACCACCCUAUCCACAUGAGAUUCCACCUUCAGAGAGCUAUGCGCCAUUAUUCCUAGAUCACUCUGUUCUACUGCAUUCUUCAAUGCCCUACCAUUUACCAUGUAUGUCCUAUUUUGAUUAUUCCUACCAAAAUGUAGCACCUCACACUUAUCAGCAUUAAACUCCAUCUGCCAUCUUUCAGCCCACUCUACUAACUGGCCUAAAUCUCUCUGCAAACUUUGAAAACCUACUUCAUUAUACACAAUGCCACCUAUCUUAGUAUCAUCUGCAUACUUAUUAAUCCAA